AUGUACCAGGAAAUACCGGAGACGCUUCCCCCGGGGUUCAGAAAAUUUCCGGCCGGAGUCAUCGUUAUCCUGAACAUACUCAAGGAGGCAGCCAAGCUCGCUCUUUGGGGUCACAAGGGUGCCUGGGGCUCUCUGAAUGACCGCCAUGGACAGAUUUGGCUUGACUCGGCUUACACACUUCGUCCAGUCACGAGGAAUGCCAUACUUCUCCAUGCCACCAUCUUAUUACUGGUCGGAAAGGCGCUUCGCAGCAACAUGACCUUCUAUUUCACAACGCUUCCGAACCCCGAUACCGAGCAGCUUUCUGACCCAGAACUCAACACGCUAAAAUCUCUGAUGGAACUUUUAAUGCCCAAACUUAUCUACAAGCCUGCGAGCUCAUCAAGCAACACAAGGUUGCGCUGGCUGACCAAGAUGGCUGUCAGCAGCUACAAGCGUCAACUCACUUCCAAGCAAGUCUACCCUGUCACGUGCACCUUCUUGCUGGGCACGCGGCUGGAGCCAGCCGAGGUAGAUACCAUCAGAAGGUGCCAAACCGAAGGCCAGCAAGCGUUGAUGGAGAUGCGUGAGAUGAAGAAAAAGUCGUUUUGGGGCAAGUCAACCCACCUGGAGCCUGAAUCAACGGAGAACGAUGGCUCGGUGGCAAAAGAGCUAGAAGCGGAAGGACAACAGUUCUGUAUCGAGGCCGUCGUUUUCUCCGAACAACUGAACGAACAGGCCAAGAAAGCGUAUGAGAAAGUCGACAACUUCCUUCAUGGUCAGCUGAAUGAUAUCAAUGACGUCACCUUCGUCUCCGAAACACAAUUCAUCCUUCACUAUCUGAGGCCCGUCUGGAUCUUCAAAACGACUAACUGGCAUGAUUGUCGCGUCGAUGACUGGUCGGAACUUCGGAACACGCCUAAAUAUAACGACGCCUCGAUCGCCGACUUAGACGGCGUCAUAUGGCUGCCCAACCACGGUCUCAUUCGCCGGUAUGUGUUUGACAUCGUCGAUGACGCCAGCGACGACAUCGACAAAGACGAAGCACAAUCCUUCAACUGCAGAACGCCUGCACCCCGUCAAGACGAGAUUGACUUCGCAAACCGCAUAAAACUCGCCACGGCGUGA